CAGUCUCUGCAGAAAGACGGCGUGCUCCAAUAUUGAGAAAGAUUUACGGAUCGAUGGGUAGAUUCGUGCCGGUCAUGGCAACGGACACGUCAGAUAGUGCUAUCGAUACGCGUAGUUUUCCGCGAGAAUUACUGUGAUAAUUGCUGUUCUUAAAUAUAUUCCUAGUUUACGUCAUGCCGUCCGCGUCUCAACAUGGCGGACCCAGAGGAUAAUUUUGACGCAUUGAUAGUUUUAAGCGACGAUUUAUCCUGCAGAUCUUUCGGUUUUACGUGCAAUUAUCUACAGGGAUUUUUAGUGAUGCGGUGCUUUAUAUUGUAUAUCUAUCUGACAAGGAUAGAGGUCCUAUUCCUUGUUUUGGGUACUCGAAAAAGAUACAUCUACAGCGAUGCAUUUCCCUGAUCUUUAUGCUUUUGUUCGUAACGUGUAAUUAAAUUCGCGAUUGUUAAAAGUUCGUGAGUAUGUUGGGUUUCGUAUUUACAUUGAAAAAAAUAUAUGAAUAUCUUUUUCAAGUUUAGGUCGAUGAGUAAAAGUGUAGGUAUCUUUGAUUAUUAAAUUCAUCACUGCAUAAAAAUGUUGGUCCUUAAAUCGCAUAUCGUGGGGCUUCAAAAUAUUCGAGAAGCGUCCACAGCCGAACAAAAGGCUUUCGUACUUAAACCCGAUUACCUUGCCUGAAUGUAAUAAGCACUCUUCUUCAAGUUGCAAGGAAACACAAAAAUGUCGUGUUGUAAAGAGGAAAAUUUGUGUUCAAAUUCGAUGAGCCGUCUCUCGUUAGAUAAAGUCGAAACUGGGAGACCUCCCGAUGAUAGAAAACAAAAUCGAGAAGUAUCUGGACUCACACACGAAUGUGGAGUUUUUGGGUGCAUCGCUGCAGGGGAUUGGCCUUCGCAAAUAGACGUUGGUCAAGUGAUUUGUCUUGGCUUGGUUGCCCUGCAACACAGAGGACAAGAGAGUGCAGGAAUAGUUACGAGUGAAGGAGUUUGCGCCAAAUCGUUUCACGUACACAAAGGAAUGGGAAUGAUCAACAAUAUCUUCAACGAUGAGAAUAUGAAAAAAUUGAGAGGAAAUCUUGGCAUAGGUCAUACAAGGUACAGUACCAGUGCCGCCAGCGAGGAAGUAAAUUGUCAGCCGUUUGUGGUCCAUACAGCUCAUGGAGCACUUGCCGUAGCUCACAAUGGAGAACUUGUUAAUACGGAAUCGUUAAGAAAAAUGGUUUUGGGACGAGGUGUCGGACUUUCAACGUAUUCCGAUUCAGAGUUAAUCACACAAGCAUUAUGUCUGAAUCCUCCGGAAGGGGAAGUCAAUGGACCAGAUUGGCCAGCUCGUAUCAAACAUUUGAUGCAAUUAGCGCCAUUGUCUUAUUCUUUAGUUAUUAUGCAAAGAGACAAAAUUUACGGAGUUCGUGAUCCUUAUGGAAAUCGUCCUCUUUGUCUGGGAAAAAUUGUACCUGUUGGUAAUCUCGCAGGUAAUGAGUCCGAUGACGAUGAUGAUGCAGAAGGUUGGGUCAUUUCAUCUGAAUCUUGUGGAUUCCUAAGCAUUGGAGCUAGAUACGUUCGUGAAGUAUUUCCUGGUGAAAUUGUGGAGAUGACUCGUGAGGGAAUCAAAACAAUUGAUAUUAUAGAAAGGCCUGAUAAAAAGCCACAAGCUUUUUGCAUAUUCGAGUAUGUCUAUUUUGCUCGGAGUGACAGUAUUUUUGAAGGACAAAUGGUGUAUUCUGUAAGAAUGCAGUGUGGGCGAGUGUUGGCUUUAGAAUCUCCCGUCGAAGCGGAUAUAGUCAGUUCUGUUCCGGAAUCUGGAACUGCUGCCGCGCAUGGUUUUGCCAGACAGUCACAAAUACCUUUUGCAGAGGUUUUGUGCAAAAAUAGGUACGUUGGAAGAACGUUUAUUCAGCCAAGUACAAGGUUAAGGCAGCUCGGAGUAGCGAAAAAGUUUGGGGCCUUAUCGGAGAAUGUAAAGGGAAGAAAACUGAUACUUAUAGAUGAUUCGAUUGUUAGAGGAAAUACUAUUGGUCCAAUUAUCAAAUUACUUCGCGAUGCUGGUGCUAAGGAGGUUCAUAUUAGGAUAGCAUCUCCACCUCUUAAAUAUCCAUGUUAUAUGGGCAUCAAUAUUCCUACAAGAGAAGAACUGAUUGCGAAUAAACUGGAUAGUGUUAAGUUGGCUAAACAUGUCGGUGCAGACAGUUUGGCAUACCUCUCUGUCGAUGGGCUUGUUCGAGCAGUUAGACACGGUAUGGAUAAUCGGGAAAGCAGUUACAUAGGCCAUUGCACAGCUUGCUUAACCGGUGAAUAUCCCGAUGAACUGUCCAGUGAUUUAGAAUGGUGAAGGAACUUCAGAUCUGAAAAACUAUGCGAUUUAGAAAAUAUUACAAUAAUUUUAGAAACAUUCUAAGGACGCACGAGUAUAUUUUACUUUUAGUAGAAAUUACCGUGUGUAAAAUGGAUUUCUAUAAUUUAGGAGAAGAAAUAUUUUGUAUAGCUUUAAGUACUGAUUUGUUAAUGGAUUACAAAGCAUAAGGUAUAACAAUAUGAGAACUACUUCAGUUAACUGCAAUGCAGUCGUAUUGAGUCAGUAUUUCCAAGUUGAGCUUCUUGCAUAAUAUUAUAGACGUAUAAAUAUAUGUACAUGUACAUAAAAUCACACGAUAUUCAGCUAAACGUGUUUACCUUGUAAUACAAAUUAAAACAGUUUUACUAAGAACUUGAACGAUUGGAUUUCGUUUGCGACUGUCAUGGUACUGUACAAAUGAGGGUGCAAUGCAAGUUAUUGCAGACCAUUUUUAGAAUAAGUUUCAAGUGUUAAGACCAAAUGCAUGUACAAUAUAUGCUUGCGAAUUGUUAAGAUAAUUAUUUAAUUGUUAUUACAAGUAUGAACACAGUUUUAUACAUCCUAUUUUUAAUGUUAGCUAUACUUCUAUCAAGUAGUUUUUGUAUACCUUGAAGAUCAUUAGAUAUACAUUUAGUAUGUUCAUUACAAACGCCACCACUAUCCUUGUUAUGUAAUUGUUGUUUUAGGCAUAGUUACAAAAAUAUUAAAUCAUAUUAUAUUUUUUAA